GGCAGUGCCGGCGUGCGGGGGCCAUGGCGGAGCAGCAGGACCCGCAGGAGGCGGCGGAGGCGGCGGCGGUGGCGGCCGAGAGCGGCAGCGAGGGCGAGGACGGGGAGGAUGGAGAGCGGCGGCACCAGCGGCUCCUGGAGGCGAUCAGCGCUCUGUCCGGACGCAAACGGCGGAAGCUGGCGGAGCGCUCCGAGGCGGGCGGGCAGGUGUCCGAGUUCAAUGUCACCUGCAAAGGUGCUGGCGAGAAGCUGGUUCUGUCGGAGCUGCUGCAGCCCAUCCACCCCAAAUCCGCCCUGGGCAGCGUGAGGAAGGAGCUGGCCAGGGUGAAGCGGAAGGCGGCGGUGGAGCUGCCGCUGAGCAAGGAGGAGGCGAAGAGGGUGGUGAGGGAGGCUGCCUACGUCACCACCUCGAAGGAUGUGGGGAAGUGGCAGCAGGUGGUCCUGCAGAACCGGCGCGCGGAGCAGCUGGUGUUCCCCCUGCGGCAGGACAUCCCCACGGUGACCCCUCUGGAGAGGGUGACAUCGGCCUGGAAGGCCCGGACUCCACUGGAGCAGGAGAUCUUUGCGUUGCUCCACAAGACACAGCAGCCCAUCACAGACCCGCUGCUGACCCCAGAGGAGAUGGUCUCGCUGAAGGCCAUGAGCUUGGAGGAGGCCCGACGGCGGCGGGCAGAGCUGCAGAAGGCCCGGGCUUUGCAGUCCUACUACGAGGCCAAGGCUCGGCGAGAGAAGAGGAUCAAGAGCAAGAAGUACCAUCGCGUGCUCAAGAAGAGCAGGAGGCGCCAGGCCCUGAAGGAGUUUGAGCAGCUGCACAAAUCGGACCCUGAGGCCGCCUUGGCACGGCUGGAGGAGCUGGAGCAGCUCAGGAUGCAGGAGCGGAUGAGCCUUAAACACCAGAACAAGGGAAAGUGGGCCCGAUCCAGGGCCAUUAUGGCCAAGUAUGACCUGGAGGCCCGCAAGGCCAUGCAGGAGCAGCUGGCCAGGAACAAGGAGCUGAUGCAGAAGGUGCGGGUGGAGCCGCCCGAGGAGGAGCCGAGCAAUGUGCCUGAGGAGGACCCUGUGGCCGUGCCCAUCCCCACUGGGGCCAGCACGGCUAAUCCCUGGAUGCUGGGCAAGCCCAGUGCUCCGGCCACAGAGCCUGAGGCACAGGAGAGUCCCAGAGACGGCACAGUGCCUGCUGCUGCAGAGAGCAAGGAGGAGAUGGAGGAGGAGGAAGAGGAGGAGCUGUCAGAGGAGGAAGCUCUGCUACAAGACUUUGAGCAGAAGCGGCAGGCACGGCAGGAGCGGGCAGGGAGCCCUGAGGGGCGCGGUGAGGAGCACGAUUCUGGUGAGACAGAGACCAGUGCUGAGCGGCCGGGAGACACCCCCAUCCCCCCGGUCUGUGUCGAGGAGCCAGUGAGCACGGGGCUGGAGCCACCCCCUCAGGCCCAGGAGCAGCUCCUGCUCUCAGAGCAGCUGCACCGUGUGCAGACCAUGGAGGAUGUGGAGGGUCUGGCCAAGGAGGAGCCUGUGGAAGAGCAGGAGAAGCCAGUGGCCCCGAGAGCAGGGAAGCAAGUGCAGCAGCAGGAGGAAAGAAGGGCUGGGGACAGACACGCCAAGAAAACAACAGACAAGAAGAAGAUGAUCAGCCUGGAGGCUGUGCUGGAUGGGAAGCCCCAGGAGAUGGACUGCCCCAGCCUACCUGUGGUCCUGGAGGAAGAGGAGGGUGGCAUUGACCAGCGCGGGAUGAUCACAGAGGCCUUCGCCGGGGACGACGUGGUCGCCGACUUCUGCCGGGAGAAGCGCAAGGCUGAGGAGGCGGCAAAGCCGCAGCCGGUGAACCUGGUGCUGCCGGGCUGGGGCGAGUGGGGCGGCACCGGGCUCCGGCCCAGCGCCAGGAAGGUCAAGAGGUUCCUGCUCAAGCCACCGCCGGGGCCUCCCCGGAAGGACCAGCACAAGCCCCACGUCAUCAUCAGCGAGAAGCGCAACAUCCACGCGGCGGCACAUCAGGUCAGCGAGCUGCCCUUCCCCUUCGAGCGGCACCAGCAGUUUGAGCAGAGCAUACGGACGCCCGUGGGCACCACGUGGAACACGCAGCGUGCCUUCCAGAAGCUGACAGCCCCUCGCGUCGUUACCCGCGCCGGCCACAUCAUCCAGCCCAUCUCGGCCGAGGAUGUCCCGGCCACGGCUCCUGGCAGUGGGGCCGGCCCCGAGGGAGAGGCACAGCCCCGGGGGCGGGCACCAUCCCGGCGCCGCCCACGCCGCAAAGCGCAGUAACUCCGUGCCUGCGGCCCAGGGGCUUGGACUGGAGCAAGCGCAGGUACCAGGAGAAGCUCCUGGUUCUGUCCAGUUCCUCCUACCUCUUUCCCUGCAAUAAAACCUGAGGCUGCAUCUGUGUGGCCGUCCUGGCAGCAUCCAAGGCUGGGAUGGCCGGUGCCCUCCAUGCUGCCUUGGGGGCCCAUGUGGGGCCAGGUGCUUUGGCCAAGUGGAGGGUGAGAGGCUGGUGAAGGGCUCGUGGCAGGGCCGGUCUGGGAGUGUGGUGAAGGGCUGGAGCAGCUGCCCACAUGCUGCCCUGUGCUUUUGUCUUUCAUAUCCCUAUUUUUUUACCUCUCUAUAUUUUUAAAUGUUGGCCAAAGGGGUUUUCUCCCUACCCUGCCAUGCUGAGCUUGGCCCCGGGGGGAGGGGUUUCUUAGGUCUACCUGCACCCCCGAGGUACCUGCCCAGCAUUAAUAAACACGGUCACCUGGAAA